GCUUCCUUGAAAUUUCAUACCGUUCUUUCAUAGUCCGGCGGCUCAAGAGUUUUGAAGUCUGGUUAAACAUUGAUGCAGAAAUUAAUCAUGAGCUCGAAGGAAGCCGUGCAGACCGCUGCCAGAGAGUUCCUGCACUUCGUCAACCGUGGAGUGUCCCCCUACCACGUCGUGGAGGAGUGUAAGUCCCGUCUAGUGAAGGCAGGCUUCACUGAGCUCAAGGAGGCUGAGAAAUGGGACAUCAAGCCAUCCAACAAAUACUUUGUGACCCGGAACUACUCCACCAUCAUUGCCUUUGCGGUGGGUGGCCUCUACAAGCCUGGCAAUGGAUUCUCUAUGGUGGGAGCCCACACGGACAGCCCCUGCCUCAGGGUGAAGCCGCGCUCCAAGAAGACUAAGCAGGGUGUACUGCAGGUGGGUGUUGAGUGCUACGGAGGAGGCAUCUGGAACACCUGGUUCGACAGAGACCUCACCGUCGCCGGACGCGUCAUGGUCAAGAGUGAUGGUAAGCUACUGCAUCGUCUGGUGCAUAUUCCGCGACCCCUCCUGAGGAUUCCUCACCUGGCCAUUCACCUGCAGAGGGACAUCAACGACUCCUUCGGACCCAACAAGGAGAACCACCUAGUUCCGUUCUUGGCCACAGCUGUUCAGGAGGAGCUGGAGACUGGCUGCACCUCCACUGGAGACGCCUCUAACGCCGCCUCCUUCUGUGAGAAGCACCACCCGGCGCUGGUGCGUAUGCUGUGUGGAGAGCUGGGGGUUGAGGCUGACGCAGUGCUGGACUUCGAGCUCUGUCUGGCCGACACUCAGCCAGGGGCCAUUGGCGGUGUCUAUGAUGAGUUCAUCUUCUCCCCUCGUCUGGACAACCUCCACAGCUGCUACUGUGCUCUCAAGGCUCUGUGUGACUCCAGCAAUCCUGACUCUUUGGCCAAAGACACCAACAUCCGCCUGAUCGCUCUCUAUGACAACGAGGAGGUGGGGUCGGAGAGUGCCCAGGGUGCCCAGUCCAACCUGACGGAGCUGAUCCUGCGUCGCCUGGCCGACACCCCAGAGAACACCACAGCCUUCCAGCAGGCAGCCGCCCUGUCCUACAUGAUCAGCGCUGAUAUGGCACACGCUAUACACCCAAACUACCAAGAAAAACACGACGAGAACCACAGGCCUGCUUUCCAUAAGGGCCCUGUCAUCAAGUUCAACAGCAACCAGCGCUACGCCACCACCGCUGUCACUGCCUCCAUCCUGAGGGAGAUCGCUGAGCGGGUCGCCGUGCCCCUGCAGGACGUGAUGGUGAGGAACGACAGCCCGUGCGGAACCACCAUCGGGCCGAUCCUGUCGUCGCGUCUGGGAAUUCCGGUGCUGGAUCUGGGAGCCCCUCAGCUGUCCAUGCACUCCAUCAGGGAGAUGUGCUGCACCACCGGAGUACUGCAGACCACCACCCUGAUCAAGGGCUUCUUUGAGCUGUACCCCUUGGUGAGGAGCCAGGUGUUUGUGGACUAGAUCAGCGCAACUCAAACACUCCUGCAGCCGCCGAACAGACGAAGAGACGGGCAAUUAGGCAGAUGGACAGAUGGAUGAGAGACACACACACGCGCACGCACACACGCGCACACACACGCACACACACGCACACACACACUAACAAUCUCACACACACAAUCUCACGCACACACGCACGCGCACACAAUCUCACGCACACACACACAAUCUCACGCACACACACACAAUCUCACGCACACACACACACAAUCUCACGCACACACACACACAAUCUCACGCACACACGUGUGCGCACGGACACACACACACACAUGCACACAUAAAGAGAUAAAGACUGGUACACACACACGUUCUCACACACGCACACAUACAGUCACACACAGAGAGUGAGUAAGACACACACACACACACACACACACACACACACACACACACACACACACACACACACACACACACACACACACACACACACACACACACACACACACACACACACACACACACAGUCUUCAGAGUGUUUUCUGUUCUGUGCCUUGUGUUUCAGCAACACCCGUCAACUGUUGUCAGAGGCUAGACAGACGUGUGUGUCUCAUGAAGUGUGGAUGAUGAAUACCUGAUCCAUUUUUACCAGACUGCCGUAUUAAUAAACAACAUCUUUGCA